AUGUCGGCCGCACAACUCCWCAACCCCAAAGCCGAGUCCCGUCGUCGCGGUGAGGCCCUCAAAGUCAACAUUGCGGCGGGAGAAGGGCUGAGAGAUGUCCUCUCCUCCAACCUGGGCCCGACGGGAACGCUCAAGAUGCUGGUCGAUGGCGCCGGAGGAAUCAAACUCACCAAAGACGGCAGCGUGUUGCUCAAGGAAAUGCAGAUCCAGAACCCCACGGCCGUCAUGAUUGCCCGGGCAGCGACGGCGCAGGACGAAAUCUGCGGAGAUGGAACGACGAGCGUCGUCAUGUUGGUGGGAGAAUUGCUCAAGCAGGCCGAUCGCUACAUCAGUGAGGGAUUGCAUCCACGAGUCAUCACCGACGGCUACGAGGUGGCCAAGAACGAGACAUUGCGCUUCCUCGACGACUUCAAACUGCCGCGCGAGGUCGACCGGGAGCUGCUCUUGUCCGUCGCUCGCACUUCCCUCUCCACCAAAAUCAACGCCACGCUCGCCGAACAGCUCACUCCGGACAUUGUCGACGCCGUGCUGGCGAUCUACCAGGCACCCGCCAAGCCCGACCUGCACAUGGUGGAAAUCAUGACCAUGCAGCACCGCACCGCCGCCGACACCCAGCUCAUCCGUGGCUUGGCUCUCGACCACGGCGCUCGACACCCGGACAUGGCCAAGGAUGUCAAGAACGCAUACAUCCUCACCCUCAACGUCAGUCUCGAGUAUGAGAAGAGCGAGAUCAACAGUGGAUUCUACUACUCCAGCGCCGAGCAGAGGGAUAAACUGGUCGAGAGUGAGCGGAGAUUCGUCGAUGACAAGCUGCGCAAGAUUGUCGAGUUGAAGAAGGAGGUGUGUGGGGAUGAUCCGUCCAAGGGCUUCGUCAUCAUCAACCAAAAGGGCAUCGAUCCUCUCUCUCUGGAUGUCUUGGUUAAGAACGGCAUCUUCGCCCUGAGGAGAGCAAAGAGAAGGAACAUGGAGCGACUACAACUCAUCUGCGGCGGCACUUCCCAAAACUCCGCCGACGACCUCACACCGGAUGUCUUGGGCUGGGCCGGACACGUCUACGAGCACCAACUCGGCGAGGAAAAGUACACAUUCAUCGAGGAGGUCAAGGAUCCCAAGAGCGUGACUCUCCUAAUCAAGGGACCCAACGCACACACCAUUACUCAAAUCAAAGACGCCGUGAGAGAUGGUCUUCGAUCGGUCUACAACAUGAUCGUGGAUGGAAGUGUGGUACCCGGAGGUGGAGCUUUUCAAAUCGCCUGCGCGAGAAGACUGAAUUCAGAUGAUUUCCGCAAGCAAGUCAAGGGCAAGGCCAAGUGGGGAGUUUCCGCUUUCGCCGACGCUUUGCUGGUGAUUCCCAAGACGCUGGCGGCGAACAGUGGGCAUGAUAUUCAGGAUUGCAUCGCGACCCUUCAAGACGAACACGCAGAAGGACAUAUCGCAGGUCUAGAUCUCACGCUGGGCGAACCCAUGGAUCCCGUGCAGCAGGGUGUGUAUGAUAGUUUCCGGGUGUUGAGGAACAGUAUCGCCAGUUCGACGGGGAUUGCGAGCAAUCUGCUGUUGUGUGAUGAGAUGCUCAAGGCGAGACAGAUGGGUAGGAGUGGACCUCCGGGUGGUGGUGGUGGAGAGGAGGAGUGA